GAUCAUAGGCGCCUUUUGCUGUCCCUGCCUGUCAUCUAGGAGGAGGCUCCGCAUCAUUGAAACAUUAGUGCAUGAAAACAACAGUACGCUGCCGCUGUUGAAUCCAACGUCCUCUCUUUAUUCUUCUUCUUAAUCCACAGCGACAUGGCUCCGUUCAGUUUAUUGACAGCGGGUGUUAGCCUGUUAGCGAAGUCCUUCAGCGUCUGGUCCUGCACAAACUCCCUGGCACGGUGUACCAGUUUCUUCCCGGUGAAAUGUUUGACAUCCCAAGCCAGUGGCCCACCAAAGAGACCUCUGAAUGGAUACAUGAGAUACGCCGUGCAACAGCAACCAAUCAUGACCAGACAAAACCCAGAAAUCAAGUUAGUGGAUAUCGUCAGGAAGAUCGCCCAGCAGUGGAGAACGAUGAGCCCAGAACAAAAACGGCCGUUUGAAGAGGCCUCUGUGUUGGCCAGGCAGAAGUUUAAGGUGGACUUCCAACGCUACCAGGCACUACUGACUCCAGCACAGGUCCAGCAAGAAUCCCUGGAGAAGAGGGAGAGGUUGGCCAAGAGGAAGGCCAUACGCAAGAAAAGAGAGUUGACCAACCUGGGGAAGCCUAAACGUCCUCGCUCUCCAGUCAACAUCUUCAUGUCUGAGCAUUUUGAGGAGGCCAGAGGAGUCAACACACAAGCAAAGAUGAAGUCACUGAUGGAAGACUGGAAGAAUCUGUUCAUCCACCAGAAACGGGUCUACACACAGCUGUCAGAGGAUGACAAAAUUCGCUAUAAGAAUGAGAUGAAAUCAUGGGAGGAUAAUAUGAUGGAAAUAGGACGAGAAGACCUGAUCAGAGAGCAGACCCUGUCAGCCAGGAGAAAGGCUGCUUCUAAACUUACAGCAGCCAAGAAAGGAACAAAGAAAGCUAUAGUGAAGAAGGCAAGUGCCACGGGAAAGUCUACUACAACCAGGAAGACAACAAAAACUGUCAGGACAACCAAGAAGAGAUAAGCUGUGUGUAUCUACUGAGUCUAGAGAAAAUCAUGUUCAUGACAGCUGAAGACAGGAGAUCUGAUGACCAAGGACUGUGCCCUAGUUUUUUUUUUCCGUCCUCAAACUUGAUAGUCACAAAGUUCCAAGUUUUGUCAUUGAUGCAUCUUAGGUUCAACAGGGCAAUCUUCACAGCAGUCAAACAGAAUACAAUAAUUUCACUUCACCUGAACACCUGAGCUCUGGAAUGGACCAGUUACAAGGUGAGCUUAUCCUCACCCACUCAACAAUAACCCAUAUGGCUUUGAGUGGUUGAAUGAUAUUGAGUGGGACUCAAAAUGUGAGUUAUGAAAUGUCAUGAUUUUAAAAGCUAAGACAUUUGAGUGAGAUGUUACAUUUCACAGAUACGGUUUUCCCUCUGCAAUCGUUAAAAGUUUCUACUAUUACGGUUUGUCUAUACAACUACACUCUUCUGUUUUUGGUAUGUCAUACACAGUGUUGCUGUAAUGAAUAUGUCAACUGUGAUUCUCUUUUUUUAUCUUUUCAACAAUGAAAAGUGCAAAAUGGUGUUUGUCUCAACUCUUCCUGUCUGCACAUUCGUUCCAACUAAACAUUGAUAUCUUUAAAAAUACCAAACAAAUACAUUAAUUGGUGAAAAAAGAGCUGGUCACUGACAUUUAACUCACUUUGUUAUAAUACGGUUUAGAAACAGUGGAGCUUUGUGACAUUAAAGGGAUAGUUCACCCAAAAAUAAAUAUUCAAACUACUCAACACUAUGCUGAUGGAGGGGUGGGUGAAGUGUUUGAGUCCACAAAACACUUUGAGAGACCAGAGUUGAGAGAUGGACAAAAUAAAUGUCUGUGGGAUUUGUUGAUAAUAAAAUGAAUAACAGUAGUCAUAUCAACACUGAGUCACCUGUGCUCGUGUAUGCUUCACUGUGCACUAACCAUGUACAGAUGGCAAUUCUCAUGAAUAGAACCUGACUGAAUUUGUUGUAUCGUAGCUGUUAUCAGUGUAGCUUAAGCUUGUACAGUCACAAUGUCAAACUGAAAGCCUGUAUUUUGCCAUAUAAGAUGUGAGUAACAUUUACAUCUGAGUGUUUGGUUUUUAAACACAAAAGUUCCAAAUGAUGCAAGCUUUAUAUGAGAUGCUUUUGUAAAACAUGUUGU